AUGGAUAGGGACAUUACUAACGAGGUAAAUGAUGUAUCACGCCAAUUAACCUCGUUUAAUUUCAAUAAUAAUAAUAAUAAUAGUGCCAAUAAUAACACUGAUAAUAAUGGAACUUUUUAUUCUGUUCCUACUGGCACUGAUAAAGCUAAGAUGACUAACAGCAAUCACGAAUAUCAUUCCGUUGAUGAUUACAAUGAUAUCUUUGAAAGAAAUGUUCAGGAUAUUGGUUCAGAUUUUGAGGAUGAUGAAGAAGAAGAAGGAGAAGAAGAAGAAGAAGAAGUGGCAUAUAAUGAUGACGAUGAUCAAACUAUCGGUCCUCUUACCACCACUUUGGGCACUAACAAACUAGACUGUAAUAACCGUAAUAGCAAUCAUGUGGGUAAGCACCCUUUAUGCAGUAGCACAAGUGGUAUUAAUAUAACUCCCUCAAAUACCGACUUAAAAAAGCAAAAUAGGAGAAGAAAAUCGACAGCUUUAGCCAAUACUAUUAUGGUAAAAUUAGCAAGACAUCCGUCUGCUGUUAUUAAUAUGGCUAAUUCCCCCACAUCUAGUAAUACUACUAUGAACACUACCGGUUCUAUGGAGCAUUAUACUUAUAAUAAUAAUAAUAAUAAUACACAAGACAGUGUUAUGACUACGAAUAGUGUUAUGAACAAUGCUGGUAGUGACGAUAUACGUUCUUCCUCAUCUUCAUUACUUCCAAAUUCACCGAGUGGAUGUAUCACCAAUGGUACUAGUUCUACCGCCACUGCUACAGGUGAACAAGAGAGCAAUAAUAACAGUGGUAAUUAUGGUGCCACACCCCCUCAGUCCGGUUAUAGUCUAAGUAGAUGUUGUACUAAUGGUAGCAUCCCAACCCAUUUGUUUUGUUUGGAAAGAUACGUUUCUAGUGAAUUGGAUUCAAAUGCGGAAGAGUUUUUCUGUGAGGAUUGUGGGAAAGAUAUUUCCGGAGAAGGGAAGGAUGUUGGCAAAAGUCAUGAAAGUUGUUUAGCAUCUAAACAGAAAAUUGACGGGGGGGAUCUUGAAGAUUGUGGAACUGAUAUAACUAAUAAUAAUACCGAAGGUGAUGCUAUUUUAAAAGCUCGACGUCGUGCUCAUAAGCAUGAUGUUAAUCACCGAUACCAUCAUCAUGAUACCGGUAGUGACGGUAAAAAAAAUAGCAAGAUUGGCAUAAGUAAACCUCAAAUAGAGACAAAACAGGGUGAUUCCGACGCUGUUACUGCUGCUACUAAUUUUACCAACAACAGUGGGAAUGUUAAUAGUAAGAAUAAGAAUGGCAAUGGAAAAAAAAAGUUACACAACGAUCCCAGCUCUUUUUUCAAUACCUUAAAAAACCGAAAGUCGUUUAUCACAUCAGCUUUGGCAGAUUCCCUAUCAUUGCAUUAG